AUGUGGAGGCCUCUAAAAGCGGCAGAUGGCCCCAGAAGCGACAGCAGCAGCAGUGCAGCAGCAGCAGCAGCAGCAGCAGCAGCCGGACAGCAGCUGCAGCAGCGCAGUACCAACAGAAGCAGCGCAGCAACAGCAGCAGCACUGCAGCAGCAGCAGCAGCCACGUAGCAGCAGCAACAGCGCAGCAGCAGCAGUAGCGCAGCAGCAGCAGCAGUGCAGCAGCGCAGCAGCAACAGCAGCAGCAGCGCAGCUGCAGUGGCAGCAGCAGUGGCGCAGCAGCAACAGCAGGAGCGAAGCAGCAGCAGCAGCAGCACAGCAGCAGCAGCAUUAG